GCAGUUGUUUUGGGAUUCUCCUUAUCUCCCAUAUCAAAUCCAUUAUUACUCACAAUAAAAUGAAAACAAAAUGAAUUCCUCCAAAUUUCCACAUAAAAUUGACAAAUUUUCACUAAUUGUUCUUUGAGAAAUCGCAAUGAACUGACUAAGGGUGUCUUCCCUCGGUGUGCAUGAGCUCGUAAGCUCAUUCCAUCACAAAAUAUUAAACUGACUAAUCAUUAAUCGGACAUAAAAUUUUCUAAAUUUCUGUUUAUUCCGUAAGUGUGUGUGUAUGUGACAGAGUUGGGGGAACACUAUAGAAUCUCCAGAGUUUCAUCAACCACUGCAUAACGAAAUUAGGGUUUCUUAUCCUGAUUUUGAUGUAAUAUAGUGAAUCACUGUGAGAUCGGGUGAAAUGGAUGACCAACCAGAUAUUUGUCGCGUUUGUAGGUCAGAGGCAGCCCCUGACCGUCCAUUGUUUUAUCCAUGUGUUUGUACCGGAAGUAUCAAAUACAUCCAUCAAGAGUGUCUGGUUCAAUGGUUAAGAUACAGUCGAAAAGAAUAUUGCGAACUAUGCAAUCACAGAUUUUCCUUCCAGCCAAUUUAUGCACCAGACAUGCCAAAAAGACUACCAAUACAAGAUGUUAUCAUGGGACUUUUCAAAAGUGUGGCCACGGCAGUACGUUUUUGGGUGCAUUACACUUUUGUAGCUUUGGCCUGGCUAGUUGCAGUACCUUUAUCUGCGUGUCGAAUACACAGAAGUUUAUUUACUGGCACUAUGAAUUCUGUCCUAUCGUUGCCUUUGGACCUCAUUUCCACCGAUAAUCUCGUCGCGGAUGUAUUUAAUGGAUGCGUUGUUGUUACGUGCACCCUCUGUUUCUUCAUAAGUUUGGUCUGGCUUCGAGAGCAUAUUAUGCAUGGAGGAGGUCCUGAUUGGCUGGAGGCGGCACAAGAGGAAAACGUUGACGUUGUGCACGAAGAUGGAGGAGCUGUAAAUGAAGAAGAUGAAAACAGAAACCAAAAUCUUGAAGAAGAGGGGGAAUUCGAAGAUGCACUUCCUGAAGGGGCGGUCAACGAUGAUAACAACAAUAACAAUGAAGCUGCUCAAAAUGCUGGUGCUGUAGUUGCGAACAAUGCCAACAAUGAUGACGCCAAUUGGAAUCCGAUUGAAUGGGACAGAGCAGCAGAAGGAUUUGAAGAGCUCACAUGGGAAAGACUGCUGGGACUUGAUGGUUCCUUGAUUUUUGUCGAACACGUAUGCUGGGUGAUUUCGUUAAAUACACUAUUUGUUUUGAUUUUUGAAUUUUGCCCUUACCAUAUCGGCCAGUUUACCAUUGGCGCAUUGCAACUUCAAGAAAAAGUCAAGGUGCAACAUUUUGAAGGCCUGUUGGUUACUCUCUGCGGGUAUUGUGUGGUUGGAAUAGUAUUGGUGGUUCUUCAUGCAAUAGCAUCCAUAUGCCGUUCAAAAAAAUCUAAAAAAGUCUUGGGCAUUUGUUACGUCGUGGUGAAAGUGUGCCUCUUGUCUGUUGUCGAAAUUGGAAUAUUUCCCCUUGUAUGCGGGUGGUGGCUCGAUAUAUGUUCGUUGAACCUGUUCGAUUCCACGCUUAAGGAUCGCGAAACCAGCUUCAAUAAAGCUCCCGGAACGUCAAUGUUCAUGCAUUGGCUCUUUGGGAUGGUGUACGUUUUCUAUUUCGCAUCCUUUAUACUGAUGCUGCGAGAGGUUCUACGACCCGGAGUGUUAUUUUUCCUACGGAACCUCAACGAUCCCGAUUUUAAUCCUAUUCAGGAAAUGAUCCAUCUUCCAAUUUUGCGGCAUAUACGUCGAUUCCUAUUUUCAAUGAUUAUCUUUGGAACAACAGUUCUGUUGAUGGUUUGGCUUCCGAUUAGAAUAAUUAAAAAAGGAAUACCCAAGUUUCUUCCAUAUACUUUUGUUUUUACGACGGAACAAGCUCAUGAAUUAAGUUUGGAACUGGUUCUCUUGCAAGUGAUGAUGCCGGCGUUGUUGGAGCAAGGUCAUACUCGGGAAUGGAUGAAAACUUCAAUAAAGUGGUGGUGCAUUGCAAUAUCUUGGAUUCUUGAUUUGCGUUCAUACUUACUUGGAGAUGUUCCAAUGGAGGAUGACGACCCUGUUGCAUAUGAGGUCGUGGAUGAUCACAACAACGGUGACGAAAACAAUGUUGAUGUCGAAGACGAUAAUGCGAACGAGGAAGUGCAACCUGACGCCGACGGUGAACAAGUUGAAAAUAAUCCUGUUCAAAAUCCUGGACCUGCUGUUGGUGGGGGACUGGGAUUUGUCAUUGCUGGAGGUGGAUUAGGUGCAGCUCAUCAAGCACUACUUUUACGAGAUAGCCCAACAGGAUUCACGGAAUAUAAACGUCCGGCAUUUUUCCCACUUAAGAUCAUUGCACUGAUUUUAUCAAUGUGCGCAACGCUAACAAUUUCGAGUGUCAGUGUAUUGACAAUACCAGUUGGAAUCGGGCGGAUAGCAAUGAGUUACUGGCUCACAACAGCCACAAAUUCAGCUGAACCAAUUCACGAAUUAUACACAGCAGCUACUGGUCUUUAUUUGACCUGGUUGAGUAUCCGUUUGGGAAUUCUCAUUGGAACUUGGUUACCUCGUAGUAAUAAGGUUAUUUGGAAAACCAUUCGUCGAUGGAGCAUCACGGUUGGAAAAGCAACUAUUGCUGUUGGACUGUUGGUUGGAGUUGUGCCAUACUUGAGUGGUCUUUUGUUUGAAUUGGUCCUUUUCUCACCGAUGCGAGUCCCUUUACAUCAGUCACCAAUUUAUCUAACUAGCGAAAACUGGAUUAUGGGCACACUUUGUGUUAAAAUCGCGUGUGCAACAACCAUGAUGACUCCACCAAACUUUUGGUUGAGAAGAACGCUCGAGAGGAUUUAUAACGACGGCUUUAGAAACAUGAACUUGAAUAUUAUUAUCAGAGAUCUUGCUGCACCAUGCAUCGUUUGGUUGGGGCUCGCUCUGUCUAUUCCAUAUGUGAUAAGUCACAGCUUAGUUCCUAUCUUUGUGAGGGACUUUGCAACGCAAAACUCGAUUUCAAGAAGAAUUUAUCCCUUCAUCCUGAUCAUUGGAGGUAUUAUUGGAAUCAUAUAUUUCCAGAUUCGUCAAUUCAAAAAGCUCUACGAGCAUAUAAAAAAUGACAAGUAUUUGGUGGGUCGCAGACUCGUAAACUAUGAGCGUCCAUCCCCUGUAAUCACCCCUCCUGUUAAUUCACUAGUUGCACCGGUUGUUGCUGCACACCCUCCUAAUUUAGCACCUCCACAUCCGAACCUUCUUGUCAACUAACGUGCCGUGUAUUUCUCAAACGUCAAUCGCUGAAUAAAUGUUAUAACCGUUCGAAACGAUACUGGAAUUUUCCCACUAUGAAUUAAUUACAAAACAAUAUUGCUCUAAGUCGUAAUGACUUUAUUUGUAAUAUUUAAAAAAUCCUUGCAAACGCUUAUUAUUACUGUUUAGGAUGUGAUAUAUAAAAUAGAAGUGGAUAUUUUGGUAUGGAAUGGAUAGUGAAACUACAACUACUACAUAAUAUUGUGUGGAUGGGUUGCGCGUUGAAAACUUGGAUGAUUCUAUAUAUUUCACAAUGUCCCAAUGAUUUGUUCUACCAGAAAGACGGGUAGCAAUGUUUAGUUUGAAAACAUUAUCAAAUUUAUAAUCUAAGUCAUUGGUUUAAUAAUUAUGAGUCAAAUUUCCAGUUUAAUCAAAUGAAAUAAAAAUUUAUUAUUCUA